AUGACACGACAAGUCGGCUUUAAACUUUCUUACGAUAUUCUUAAACAGCUUGAGAAAGGAUUUGCAUGGCUUCAUCACAAUUGCAAUCCUCGUAUACUUCAUCGAAAUAUAAGUUCUAAGUGUAUCUUACUGGAUGCAGAUUUUGAGCCCAAAAUAUCCGAUUUUGGUCUUGCUAGGCUGAUGAACCCAAUUGAUACACAUUUGAGCACCUUUGUGAAUGGUGAAUUUGGAGAUUUAGCUUACGUUGCCCCUGAAUAUGGCAGAACGCUAGUGGCCACUCCAAAAGGAGAUGUCUACAGCUUUGGAGUUAUCCUUCUUGAGUUGGUGACUGGUGAAAAACCUACCCAUGUAUCCAAAGCUCCUGAGAGCUUCAAGGGAAGUCUGGUUGAAUGGAUUACACAGCUAUCAAAUGAUGGAAAACUUCACGAUGCUAUUGAAACAACCUUGGUUGGCAAGGAUGUUGAUAAUGAACUUUUCCAAUUUCUUAAACUUGCAUGUAACUGUGUAUUGCCACCUCCCAAGGAGAGGCCUACCAUGUUUGAAGUAUACCAGCUUUUAAGAGCUAUUGGGGAGCGAUACCAUUUUACUGCCGAGGAUGAAAUUUUGAUGCCUUCAGACACCGGUGAUGUUGAUUAUUUAGAAGAACUUAUUGUUGCUCGAGAUGUCAAUGAGAGUCAGUGAAGCCAUAUGGGAUAUGGUGAGUAUUGUAUCUUAGCUUAGUGCAUCCAUAACUUUGUUCUUGUGCAUGUUUAAAUAAAGGUUGAAGUUACAUGUAUGAUGCUUUACUUACUAUUUCAACUUUAUGCAUUCAGUACUCAGUGUAAUUGUAUCGGUUACAUUUUUAAGCAUCCAAUUUAGG